GCCGUAGAGGGAACGUUCCUCUAUGGUACGGCUGUCAACGUAGCAGACGACGUGUCUAACAUAGUCUCGAAAAUUGUCCAUAUUGUGUCAAAAAGGUGGAUAUUGAUCAAUUUUCAGACAAUUCUGAAAUAAAAAUGGGACAAGAAAAGAAAAAAGUGAAACGAAAAGACGCACAAAAGGAAAAACAGGUCAUUGAGAAAACAAAACAUGAAGAAAGUGAUUCUAAGCCUGAAACUGAAAACGUUAAACCAAAAUAUGGACCAAUACUAACUUUUCCACACCAAAGAGUUUGGUCUCGCGGUGUUAUGAUUUUUGGGAUUCUCUUCAUCGUAUGGUACAAUUCUAAAAGUGGAAAAGAAAUCUCUUUGGCAUUACAAAAAGACAUUUUAAUGAGUCGUACUCAGAAUGUCGAGUGCUCAGAGAGUUAUAAAGCAGAAACAGAUAAAUAUCCUGGGUGUUUACCCGAAAAAUGUGCAAGAGUUAUCACCGAUAAACUAGUUUCAGCAACUGAAACUGAUGUAUUAUUAAAAUUAGCAACGAGUGGUUUGAAUUUAGGAGGAUCUGAUGGAGGAGCUAGUAUUCUGGAUCUUCAUACCGGUGCUCUGAGCAAAGGCACUGGAUUUAUUAAUAUUUAUGAAUUGAAAGAAGCGAGGAAAAUUUUCAAUAAUGCAGACUUCGCUAUUUAUAAGGUGGUAAAAACUAAAAUACAGCACGCAAUAGCGCAUCAUUUUGGAGUAGAUUCGGAUAAAAUAUACUUAACCAAACCAACCUUCUUUUCACGAAUGACAAACGCUCCUGCCAAAACGAUCCACGACGAAUAUUGGCAUCCACAUGUAGAUAAAGUCACUUACGAAUCUUUCCAUUACACUUCCCUAUUAUACUUAAGUGACUAUAAUAAAGACUUCAAAGGAGGUCGAUUUGUAUUCAUUGAUAAAAAUAGUGCCAAUUCAACGAUUGAGCCCAGAAAAGGGCGAGUUUCUAUGUUUACAUCAGGUGCUGAAAAUGUGCACCUAGUUGAAAAGGUUACGUCCGGAACCCGAUACGCUUUAACCGUGUCCUUUACCUGUGACAAGGAAUUUUCUAUAUCGGAUCCAAGGUUUCCGACAGAGUCCAAACGCACUUGAGUGCCUAGAAUUGCGUCCAUUGCCGUUGAAAGUGUAUAAAUAAAAUACAUAGAUGUAAUUUGUGGGGCUAAACAAGAACGGAAGCAAGCUCUAUGGCUUAGUGUCUCUGUUUCGUAAAUUUUGAGACAAAUCUUUAAAAAAAUAAACUCAAGAAAGUCUGCUUGUGUAAAUAGAAUUGCA